AUGGAGACACCGCAGGUCACCCAUCGUAAACCGAAAGUGCUACCGCGGCUCAUUAUUGAGCGUGUGGACGAAGACGCGGCCUUCGCUGCUGUCCCCGUCGAGCAGAUGAGUGCUCGUGGCGUGUUUCUGCUUACCAUGGCCGUCACCUCCUUCGCCGCCUUCACGCUCUUUGCACUAGCAGAGUUUACCCACCACCACCCAAAAUUUCUGCUGACCAACGUCUUGCAGGGCGAUACCCACGCCGCGGCACAAUGGGCGUUGCUGCUGGCCGUGCCUUUCACCAGCGCCGCCGCGUGGUUUCCAAUCUCCAUCUCGCACGCGCCGACCGGCGUGCUACGUAUCACGUCGGCAGUGCCGCCGCCGUCGCCCGACUCACCCACGCUGUCACUUCCGUCGUCGCUGCUCGCGAAGUUUGCUCGGCUUUAUCGUUGCAAUCACAUGUUUGCCAUCUACCAGAGCGUGGGAUGGACGCUCUACGGACUGUUUGUGGUGUUGCAGCUCAUUUGCUAUGGAUCUGACAGCGUGCGUGACUUGCCGUUCUGUAGGCCCGGUAGCCGCUCCGUGCAAGCGGCAGUAACGUUCAUUGCCGAGGUGCUCAUGAUCUCGUCCGUGCUGACGCUGGACAAGCGUCGGGACCGUAAUCGCCAACGAAGAAAGGACCGAUUCGUGGUGCAGCUUAACAACUUCAACAACAUGUUAUUGCUAGUAGGCGCUACUUUGCUUGCAUUGGCGUCCGAGUAUACUCGCGUGUUCCCAAACCCGUCGGGCAUGAGUGUGGGGUACCCGAUGGCGACAGGCCUGGAAUCGCUAGCUCUCUUCGUCACAGCGCUGUUCAACACGUAUGGAUUGGGUGGUGUGCUGUCGACGAAGGACGGCUGGAAUUUCUAUCAGCCUUUUAUGGGUGGCGCGCGGUUUGUGCUAUUUCAGAUGGUGUCGUGGACGUGCUUUGGCGCUGGCGCAGCGCUGCAGGUGUUGUAUCUGCUUUCGUUAGUGGUCGUGGAGUUGGAACUGUUCGUGGGUGCAAUGGCAGUGGCAGGUUCGCUAUUUGUAGUGGCGGAGAUUGGCAUGAUGAUGUCGUUGUUGGUGUUCAGAAAGGCUGGACGAUCGACAAAUGCGUCGAUUGCUACGUUUUCUGAAGCUACCUCUUUUGAUGGCGACACGAAACACGCAGAGCCCAAUGCUAUAUUAGAAAAGAAGGCUGACGAAACGAAUGUGCCAGCUUCAUUGUCGUUCCGCGCGUACUUUAUGGGUCUACAUGGUCGUUUGCGGGACUUUGCCGAUGAGUGUCUUGGAGUCAUUGUGGUCGGAGGUCUGGCCAACAUCCAAUUUCUUCCAAGUGCUUUUUGUUUCGUCUUCUUUGCUGCUACUACAAACUUGAGUUCUGCUGGUGUUGUCUUCUACGGCAUGAUGGUGGUAUGUGUGGAGUUUAUCAUGGUGGUGUCUCGUUCAAUCGCAACUCACUUGUACUUAAAAGACUCUCACAAUGGUCUGCUGAAAGAAGUUAACCGUUACCAUGUAAAAUAUGUGCUGCCCCAGAUCAUUACCGCCUGUAUUCCGGCCAUAAUCACGUACCGCCACUACAUCUACGACAUGGACGCCUUUGUGCCAGUAUUGACCCUCACCAUCUUCAUCUACGUGUACGAACUCACGUACCGUGGUAACCCACAGCUGACGGGCUGCCGUGAGCGUGCUAGCUGGGUUACUGGUAGCAGCUUCUUUGUUGAUACGAUCAAGAGAUAUUUCAGUGGAACCAUAAUCCGGAUGGCUCCCUUGGACCCAGAGAAGCAAUACAUCUUGAGCUUCCACCCUCAUGGCAUCAUGCCUAUGUCGCUGACGUGGCUCCAGUCCACGGCACAAUGGAGAAAACUGUUUCCUAACUUUUACGCGCACAUUUUGACGGCGAGUAUACUGCAUCAACUUCCGCUUGCCCGAGACCUGCUCCAUUUUUAUGGUUCGCGUGAAGUUACUCGACAGGCUUUUGCCUAUACACUGCAGCAAAAAGAGAGCGUGCUGCUCGUGCCUGGCGGCCAAACUGAGAUGUUGGAGCAACGGUCAGCAAAAAACGAGGUGCGUGUGUACACCCGCCACAAGGGCUUCAUCCGCCUUGCCAUUGAACACGGUGUGCCGCUGGUGCCUGUACUAAGCUUCAAAGAAGGCGAGACGAUGGACAACGUUCAGGCCCCUAUGCUACAGCGUUGGUUCGUCAAGAAACUUGCUUUCCCGUUUCCGCACUUUCCGUACGGCCGCGCGCUGCUGCCGAUCCCGCGCAAGGUUGAUACUCCAAUUGUAGUUGGCGAGCCUCUUGAGGUGCCUUACAUUGAGAUGCCCACACAGGAUGACAUCGACAAAGUCCACGCUAAAUACUUUUCCGUGCUUCAAGACAUGUUUGACAGGUACAAGGACGAAGUCGGUUGUGGUGACUACAAACUUGUCCUUAUCUAA